AUGGAGGUGGUCCUGCUCCAUGGGCUGCUGCUCCUGCCCUUGGCAGGGCUGCUGCUGUACAGGUACAACACCACCUUCCACUACUUCUGCAAGGUGGCCUUUUUCCACUGCUGGCUCGUGGCCAUGGCCACCAUCCUGUCCCCCUUCGCGGCUCUUCGGGGACGCUCCGUGGAGAACAUGAAGCUCCUGCGCGCCGCGAUCCUGCCCCUCAAACGCUUCUGUGGCAUCAAGCUGCAGGUGAGGGGCACAGAGCACCUCAACAUCGAGGAGCCCUAUGUGAUAGUUUGCAACCACCAAGCUUCCCUUGACCUCGUGGGCAUGGCAGAGGUCAUUCCUGAGCGCUGCGUGCCCAUUGCCAAGAAGGAGCUGCUGUACAUGGGCACUGUGGGCUGGGCCUGUUGGCUCAGUGGCAUCAUCUUCAUCGACCGCCACAGACGAGACGCUGCCAUUGAUGUCAUCUCCCAGACAGCCCGGACCAUGUGGCGUGAAAACCUCCGAGUGUGGGUUUUCCCCGAAGGCACCAGGAACCAGAACAAAUCCAUGCUGCCCUUCAAGCGUGGGGCUUUCCACCUGGCUGUGCAGGCUCAGGUUCCCAUCUUCCCCAUUGUAAUCUCCCCGUACUGGGACUUCUUCAGCUCCAAGGAGAAGAGGUUCACCUCUGGCACAUGCACCAUCCGAAUCCUGCCCAAGGUGGAAACACGGGGCCUGAGCCCCGAGGAUGUCCCCGAGCUGACCGAGGCUGUGCGCGGGGCCAUGGCCGAUGCCCUGGCUCAGAUGUCUGGGAACCCCCAGGGCGGGGGCACGGGCAGCCCCCAGGGCCAGGAGGACCCAACUGGGACCACUUAUUAG